AAUGAAACAAGAGGUCAACGAUCCACACGGUCAUUGCCAAAUAAAUACACCUCUUCGUCGAAUAGGCAACUAAAAUGUCGCUCCCAAAAGCUGCUUCUAAUCUAAACGCUAAGCUCGGUUAUCUCUGCUUGUAACAAUACAACUUAUAAAAUCGAGUUUAAAAGGCUUUAAGAUUGUGUUCGGAGUGGCAAUAAGUCUCGUGUUUUAGUGCCAAGCUACAUUUUAGGGUGCCCAAUAUUCAUAAGUACAUCGGGCUGGAGGUUUUGAGUUAGUGUAUCAAUAACAGUGAACCCAGCGCUUGUAUGAUUGUAUUGGAUGCUUUUAUGGUUAUAAAAAUUAAUUAGAAUUCUGUGUAAUUCGAAUGGUGUAUAAUGAUGUGGUUAAGUGUGUUCUUAGUUUUGUGUGCUCUUUUCAGUACCGGAAAAUCGUUUAGUAAGGAGGCUUUUCGAGUUAACGAAGAUACAAAAGUUUAUGACCGAUUGGCUGAAAAACAGCUUCCACCAUGUAAAGAUUGCAGUUGUGGAGAAAGAAAUGAAGAGCCACGAGUGGUUGGGGGCACAGGAUCCAGCGUGAAUGCCUUCCCUUGGAUAGCCCGUCUAAUUUACCACAAUUCCUUUGGAUGUGGAGCGUCUCUUAUCAAUGAUAAAUAUGUGGUAUCAGCUGCACAUUGUGUUAAGGGCUUCAUGUGGUUCAUGUUCCGAGUGAAGUUCGGCGAGCACAACCGAUGUAAUUCGAAAACAAUGCCUGAAAUGCGCUACGUCGUUAAGAUAAUCGCACAUAACUUCACACUUACAGAGCUAUCGAAUGAUAUAACUCUGUUGCGGCUGAAUGCGCCUGUGGAGUACUCUCAUGCUAUCAGGCCGGUCUGCAUACCACCUAUGGAAAGUAAAUCAAACUCCUACACCGGUGUACAAGCUACAGUCGCUGGCUGGGGCGCGAUGGGUGAAACAGGCAACUGGUCGUGCUCCCUCCUGGAGGCACAACUGCCCAUCCUCAGUAAUGAGGAGUGCAAGAGUACCAACUAUAAUAAGACGAAGAUUAAGGACGUUAUGAUGUGCGCUGGUUUCCCUGCAACUGCUCAUAAGGAUGCUUGUACUGGCGAUAGUGGUGGGCCGCUGAUUGCAGAAAAUAAGGAUCACGCUUAUGAACUUAUCGGUAUUGUAUCAUGGGGCUACGGCUGCGCCCGAAUAGGCUUUCCCGGUGUUUAUACGAGAGUGACGCAUUAUUUAGACUGGAUUAAAGACAAUACUGAUGAUGCCUGUUACUGUGACUUCAUGUGGGAAAGUAGGAUUGUGAUACUGUUAAUUAUGUGUAUUGGUGCUAUGGGAGAGGAAGCUAAUGUCACUGCUGCUACUACCAGCACAGAACAAACUACUGUUGCAAUAGAUGAAUCGAUUUAUGAGGAAGAGUUGCACAAAUGUAACUGCCGCUGCGGUGAACGAAAUGAAGCUUCCCGAAUUGUUGGCGGGGUAGAGUCAGCAGUCAAUGCAUUCCCUUGGGUAGUUAGAUUGACGUAUUUCAAAAAAUUCUACUGUGGAGGCAUGCUUAUCAACGACCGAUAUGUGAUGACUGCCGGCCAUUGUGUUAAAAGCCUCAUGUGGUUUAUGAUGAAGGUGACCUUUGGGGAGCAUAACCGAUGCAACAAAACUGAACGGCCAAUAACACGCUAUGUGGUUAACAUCAGAGCACAUAACUUUAGCUAUGUCGACUUUAGGAAUGAUAUUGCUCUCUUGAAGUUGAAUGAGAGGGUAGAAAUUACAGAUACUGUUAAGCCUAUCUGCUUACCGCAUAAUGAUGAUAACACAUACGUUGGUGUAAAAGCAAUAGCUGCUGGUUGGGGAUCGUUGGGAGAAUCCAAAAACCAUUCUUGUAAUUUGUUAGAAGUUGAAUUGCCGGUCUUAAGCAAUGAGGAGUGCAGAAAUACUAAAUAUGAGAGCGCCAUGAUAAGUGAUAAGAUGCUUUGUGCUGGAUAUCCUGGUGAAGGGAAGCGGGAUACGUGUCAGGGUGAUAGUGGUGGUCCGCUUUUUUCAACGCAUAGCAAAACCCAUAACAAAAAAUGGUAUCACGUAGGAAUCGUGUCUUGGGGAAUAGAUUGUGCGAAACCAGAUUAUCCAGGAGUUUAUACCAUUGUCUCAAAAUAUGUUUCAUGGAUUAAACAAGAGACUAAGGACGGAAUGUAUUGUAUCUAAAAAUAAAACGAAAUCAUAAUAU